AUGAAUCCAAUAUUAAAUUCCAUAAUUUUCGACAGAAUAAUUAUAAACGAAAUAUUCAAAAAUAUCGCAACUAGUAGCGGCAAUCCAAAUUCGUUGUUUUCUUGUAUAUUUGUCAAUCGUCGAUGGUACAAAUCGGCUAUUCCAUUUAUUUGGAAAGACCCGUGUAAAAUCUUGACGAGGAAAAUAAUAGAUCGAAACUCGGCUUUUUGUUUCAUAUCAACAGUUCUCAAGUGCAUUUCGAUCGAGUCGAAACGGACGUUACGAAAAGAAGGAAUUCUACUUGAGCAUCAUGGUGGCAGUUUGGAAGUUCUUCCUCCUGUUUCCGAUUAUCCGGUAUUUUUGGAGGUUUUAUCUCCGAAUAUUCUAUGUAAAUGCAUCGCGAUUUGGAUGAAUCAAAGCCAACAACACUCUACUGACAAAAGAAGUGUACAAUAUAAAGAACAUAUUCUACAGAAAGAAAUUUUCGAGCUCUUCAUAAAUAAAAGACCAUCAAUUUGUGCGCUAACCUUGUCAACGCAACACAUGGAAUCUAACAGUAAUAUAAUUCCAUCUGAAUUGUUACCCUACCUUUCAAACUCUUUCGAAUGGCUAACUAAACUACGUAAAUUCAAGCAUAAUGUUUCCAAUAAUAAUCCACCGGAUAUUUUUUUCUAUGCAUUCUCUCAACACGCGACUAAUCUCGAAUCGAUUAAAUUAUGGAUAGAUGGCGAUGAUAAUAAAGGGGAUCAAGGAAUAGUCGCGUUAUUUGAAACUCAAAAAAAUUUGAAAAAGUUAAAAAUAUAUUCCCAGAGACGAAGUUGUCUUCAGAUAGAUAAUGCGUUAUUUAAAGUAGCAAACACAUUAAAAAAAUUAACGUUGAAUCAUUCAUUAUGCGUCUCUCCAAUGCCAAUAAAAAAGUUUAUCGGACUGGAAUCAUUGACGGUGAACUUGUCAAAUGGACAAGAAACGGAUUCACAUUCUGCUGAAGAAUUUUUUGUCAACUUGUCAUCGGCUUAUUUUAAGACUCUAAAAGUAUUGAAUAUCAAAGUUGUCCAGAAAAUUCGAUUGGCCAGUAUUACAUCUUUUAUCCGACUUAACGGACGAUGCCUCCGAGAAUUUACUCUCAAUUGCCAACCGGUGGACGCAUAUGCCACAAAAAAUUUCGUUGAAGCAAUUAGGAACGAUUGUCCUAAUUUAAAGAAAAUGGAAAUUUCUAUUUAUGAAAAUGGACCUCAACUGAAGAAACUUUUAACAAUGAAGCGCAACUCAAAAACUUAA